AUGGUUUUACAAAUAAAACUUGUGAAUAUUUUAAUAUUCAUUGUUGUUGGUAGUUUUCUAUCAACUAUAGGGUCGGUGAAAUCUCAAGUAAUCACUUUUUAUUCACCACUCUUUGGUUACAAAUUUGGCGUCACCGAGUUCACUGUAAGGGGAACUGGUUUUGGUGCUGCACCUGAGCUCUAUAUCGCUUCUAUCAGACAACUGAUGAUAGAGGUAGAUGUCAAUCCAUCCGGUACCUCUACAUUCGUAUGGGAAAUCAGGAAUCCCAAUAGAUUGGAUAGAAACUAUAUGAAAAUUCAAUAUGGUUUCACAGUGGUAUUUCCAGUUUUGCCAGUUGAAGAAAUUUUCUUUAAUUUUAUAACUGCAAAAAUAAAUUCUUUUACACCAGAAUUUUAUUAUCCUAGAGCUCUGGAUAAUCAAGUGACAUUGACCAUUUUUGGAGAGAAUUUAAUUUUGUUUGACAACGAUCCAAAACCAAUGGUGAGAUUUGAAAAUAAUGAAAAUCAAGGAGAAUUAAAAGUUGUCUCUUAUUCAAAAACUCAAAUCCAAUGUACCAUACCAAACUUGGAAGAAAAUGUUGCUAUGGAUUUCUCAAUCGUAGUCUACCCUCAAAGUCUUCCGGGUGGAGUUAUUGCACCAAGUCUCUUUUUCUAUACAAUACCACUUCAGAAUCGAGUGGUUCCAACAAGAGGAAUGUCAAACCAACAGCAAAUAACAAUUGUUGGAGGUCCCUUCCUUGAAUUCCCACAAAGCUAUGCGAUUGUUGUUGGUGGUCAAAACUGUGUGAUUAAAAAACGUUCCAGCACAAGAACUAUCUGUGAUUUUGUUAACACUCAAAACGUCCAACCUGGCACUGAGUUAGCUCUUCCAAUUAAGUCAACCAUCGAUGGUCAGUUUGUCCUUGGUCUAGUUAAUUAUGUUAUUUUCAAACCAAAUAUCUUAAGUUUUAAUCCAAGUGCUUCAUAUUCAAAUACCGAAUUUGAUAUAUCAAUCAAAGGAAAUUAUCUUUCAACAGCUACCUCUGUUUUAAUUGGACCGUCACCAUGUACUAUUACAUCGAUUUCAGACAAUGAAAUUAUAUGCAAUUUUAAUACUAUUGGUGACGAUCUUAUUGGUGAUCUCGAUGUAAAUGUUUAUUUUGAUGGAGAUACUUUUGUUACCGGUGAUGAACAAUUCAUAUUCGUAGCCAGACCCUCGCUAUUAAAAAUCACACCAACCCAAAUCUUUACGGUAGGAGAAUGGGAGAUCAACGUAGUUGCACAACACUUCAUUGAUGACAAUUACAUUGUUAUCAAUGGUGUUGAGAUGGAGGCAGUCCCUAUCACCGACACUCUUUACAAGGUUAAAGUAGAUCAAAAUACGCUGAAAUGGGCAUUGGGAGAUUAUGAUUUGACCAUUCAUUCCAAGUAUGAUCCAAAUGUAGUAUCGGAAUCAUUGACUUUAUCAGUUGUGGAUUCUGACAUAACAAUUAGUCCCAAUUUUGGAUAUUACUUCUCACAAACUCCAGUUGAAAUUGCAUUUACAAAUUUUCCAAUUCAAUUUUCCCCGACUGUAGCAAUGGUUGCUACUCUCAACAAUCAACCAAUAGGUGGAAACAUCAUAAUUCUCAGUACCCAAAAAUUAGGUGUUACUGUUCCUCCAUGUACAUCUGAUGACAACAUGGUUUCUGUUCUUACCAUAGAUUUCACCUAUUACGUUUUCACAAUUUCAUUCAAUUUCAACUAUUUGCAACCCUCCUACGAUAGUUUCAUAAAGCCAGAUCUAACACUUUGGCAGGGUGGUGGUUAUUUCGAAAUUCAUGGUGCUAAUUUGCAAGUAAUCACUUCUAUUCAACUGGGUGAUUCACUUCUCGAUAUGUCAAAGUGUACUCAUACAACCAACAUUUUGAUUCGAUGUGAAAUUCCAUCUCGUACUCCUGGUAAAUAUUUCAUGGUUUUGAUUGCCAAAGACAGUUUCAAUAUUGAUCACCCAUACUCAAACGAUGAUGAGUUGUUCAUUGAAUACAUGGGUCCUUCCCUUAUUUCAGUAUCACCAGCACGUGGAUCAAAAACAACACAGAAUACUCUUUACAUUGAUGGCACCAAUUUACUUGACGACCCCACUCUUAUUCAAGUAACUGUUGGAGGAUUACAAUGUAACAAUAUUCAAAUUAUUAAUCCUGGAUCACAGAUUUCUUGUGUGAUCGAUCCAAUGGAUAAUGUUGGAGAGUUGGAUGUCAUUGUCAUUGUAAAUGGUGUUACAUCUGAUGUCAUUGGAAAAUAUUUGUCCUACUCGAUUUCUUGUCUAGGAAGAACUCAACCAGACGGAACCAAUGAAGUUGUUGACUGGUGGUUUAUCUAUAAACUUGGGGCAAAUGCACCCGGAAAUCCCUAUUUAUAUAUUGACUCGAAAAUGGAAAAACUUGAAUUGUAUAAUGAUCUUCAACACCAAGCACCUAUUCCAGAUACACAACCCAACCCCACUUUCAGUCCUCUGGAAGCUACAUUUGGACAGCCUGGAGUCACUUAUUACAUGUUCUACAACGACCAAACUGGAACGAGAAAAAAUUCUGGCUACAGAGAUCAGUCUACAUCGCAUGACACCUAUGGUCAUACCAAAGGAUUUACAUUUUGGGAGGAAAUUGGACAGACAAUCAAUGGUAUUCACAUUCACCAUUCUAACCCAUUGUUUCCAUCAAAGGCAGACGAUGGCAAUGGAUACAAUGGACCCCAAAAAGGUAUCAAGUUUCUUGGUAAAAAUGAUUUCAGCCAACACUUUUUUUGUUAUUCGUACAAUAAUCUCGAAUUGGUAACGGAAUAUAUGGUCAAGAACUAUGCAUUUAUUUCGGGUGCUAAUGUAUUCCCUGAUCUAGCAACAUCGGUUUCAAGACAACAGGCAUUCCCAUAUCUCUAUGACUUGAUAAUUACCAAGACAAUGAGACAAGAUUUGCGUAACAACCAAUGUGAAGAUCAAAUAAUAAAGGGAAAUAGAGAUCUCCUAAAUUACUGUUAUUGGAUCUCAAAUACUGAAGUAAUUGGCAAUGGUUUGAAAGCCAAAUACUUUAGUAAGAUUGGAACCGCUGCAAACGAGAAUAAUAAAUUGUUCAAGGAUCCAUCAAGAUCAUCCUAUAUCUUGUACAAGAGACCCGAUAUGAAAUAUGUAGAUGGAGUCGAUCUCUGGAUGGUCGUUGCAGAUACAUUUGCAAAGAGAAUGUUUGUUCAAAUGUUUGCUUCCCAAAAUAAUUAUGAUGGAGGUCGUCCUAAAUACCCAAUGCAACCAACUGAGCAAAUUCUGAAUGUGGCUCACUUAGAAUUGCCUCGAUAUUUAUGUCCUAAUUCAAUGUUAGCCAGUGGCCCAAGAUUUGCUUAUAGCAGCAAUGAACACGCCAAAAUAGCUUUUCCAAUCUAUCCAACAUAUUCAUCACAAAUUCGAAAUGAUAAUGAUAAUUACUUCUGUGUUGGUGAUAAUAAUAGACAUAAUGGUCAAGGUGAAAGAGGAGGUGGAGCGAUAUGUUUCCAGCAUGAUACUCUAGUUUAUCAAUUCAAUAGAAUGGUCAGAAAAUAUGAUACCUUAAAUGGAGCGAACAAACAAACAGGACUUUCUACUGCUGUUAGUUUAUUCUAUUCGAUUGCUGUACCAAUUAAGCUAGAGAGACUAGGUCAACACCCAACUAUCAAUUGUGAAAUUAAAGAUUUCAUUGCCGGAGAACACUUUUCCAAGUAUCCAAGAGAAUAUACUACAGUUUUGCUAGAUACACUUGAUGAUGUGUCUGAUACUACUCUCAAUCUCCAGGUUCUCAGAACAACUAAUAACAACGUUGCCCCUGAAGGGCAAAGUGCGGUGCUAUACGUUGGUGGUGAUAAUCCAGUUGAAAUGGAUGUCAUUAACUAUUAUGCAGAUGACAUAUUCUCUUUACAUUACAUUGCUUUUGAUGAGCAAGUGGGAUCUAUUUGCGACUACGAUGGUCAGAUACAACAUGGCAACAGACAAGAGAAACAUUCAGCCUCAACGACAAUGAAGAUUUCAAUAUACUUUCGUUCACACAGAGUUACAAGGCAAAGUUCUUUCCAAGGUGGUAACAUUAUAUUUAAUUAUGUGAUCAAUGAAAACAUUGUCGGUGGAGGUUACUAUGAUCCUCCAAGAAUCUUUAGACAAACUAGUGGUAUGUGUGAUGAGGAAUUAGCAUACUAUAUGACUCUCCACUUCCUUUACACUCAAUCCCCCGAUACCAAUUCAUUGAUUUAUAACGUUGGAGAGAAUGCAUCACCAAAUUGGGCAAAUGGUGUUGUUUAUGCUAUUUCCAAGAAGUUGCUAAAUCAUUUUUAUGGAAUGGAUACAACUCAAAUAGAGCCAUGUUUUUCAGUUGUUGAUGGUUUCACAGAUAUUGAAGACAAUCAAGAUGAUGGUUCAAUGGAAGAUCCAGAUGAUUCAGUUCUUUUCAAGAGAAGUGCUAGUGCUGCUUGGGCUUGGAUGAACCCUAUUUAUGACGAUGGUAGCAAUGCUGGUAGAGCUUCAGACGAUUCAGUUCCAUUAGUAGAUUUAGCAAAUCUAUUGAUAAAUGUUCUUCAAGAUCAGGAUCACACCAUUGUGUCCCUUUCCAACUUUUAUGGCGAUAUUGGAGUUCAGUACAGGACUGAUUUAAAUUUCAUAACUAUUCUACAAAGAUACUACCUUAUUCCAGUUGCUGUAAAUGAAGGUUCAGAUUUUAAUAUGGUUCAAAUUAAAAUGCCAGUCAGUUCCUUCUUCAAGAGUGAAAACCUUGCUUCGAUUAGUACCGACUCAACAAUUACUAAAACUCCACUAUCCAUUGACGAAAUUUCUACAAAAACUGGAGUUCAACAGCUCAUUGCAACUCAACUGGUCAAUGAAAGCGAUAUUGUUUCCUUGAAUAUCUACCAAAUCGAAAAGCUUGAAGUUGCAAUAGACAAGUGGAUUUCGAUUAAUGGUCAAAGUCAAGCCAUUCAAGUACUUAUCAAGAACCCAGUCACUCAGUAUCACAAUCAACCAAUCAAAUUUAUCCAAGAACUGAAUCAUUAUCAACAUGGAAAUACCAUCGAUCUUAAAUCUCAAGCGGUUGGAACUACAGGUACCAAAAUUACAUUGACAUCUCCACUUUCGAUUUCAUCGAUUACUUUCAUUUUGGAGAGUAUCAUAAUGAGUGAAUCAACUACCAAAACAAAAUUGGGAGAUCUCGAGGUAUAUUACCUUCCAAAACCUGAAGCCUAUAAAGGAUACAUUACCAGUGAUUAUGAUGGAAUGAUCAUUUCAACAAUCAACUCUCAACUCUGUGAUAUCCAAAUGGUACAACAAUCAGAUUUCCUAUCAAAUAAUUUCGAUGUUACCUGUUCAGGUGUUGGUCCAAUUAUUACAUCUGUCAACAUACUUGAUGGAAUAACUGAUGGUGGAUACCAGAUUACUUUAAGUGGUAUCAGAUUCAAUUCAUCGAUGAUUAUUUCAAUCGAUGAUAAAGAAUGUUUAUCUACUGUAUUUAUUUCAUCAGAGCAAUUGGUAUGCCAGGUUCCAAGUGGUAUUGGAAAAUACAAGGAAAUUCAAAUUUCAACUCAACAAACCAUUUUCAAUAUUCAAAGAUCCAAGUUCUUAUUCUCUUAUGGUGCACCUGAGAUUACCAAUGUAGAACCAGAAAUCAUCAAGAGCUAUGGUAGUGAUUUCAUGACAAUCACUGGAUCAAACUUUGGAAAUGAUAUAACAAAGGUACAAGUUUUGAUCGAUGAAAAACUUGAUUGUACCAUUUAUGUACUCACCCAAGAGUCAAUCAUUUGUUUGACACCUCGUGCAAUUGGUGAUCACAGAUCGGUUACUGUCAUUGUCGAUGAUCAAAGAACCAUUUUGAACAUCGAUACACUCGAACAACAAUCAUUCAGUUUCAGAGGUCCAGAAAUCAUCAAAUUCGUUCCGGCUUCAGGUGAUCCAAACGAUAAGAUUAUCAUUCUAGGUGAUGGAUUUGGAAGUUCAGAGGACAAUGACCUCCCACCACUCCUUUACAUCGGAGAUAACUUGGUUCAAAUCGAUAACUUUACUUAUGAUUUUAUCGAAUUUGAUUUGGAAUACGAUACCUCAACACAACCAUUGAUUAUUCAAUCGGGCGACCAAACUAUAUCUUCACAAUUCACUUAUUAUCCAGCAAUCUUGACACAACUCAAUAACUCUGAUAUCACAACAACAGGAGGAUUGAUUGAAAUCCAGGGUAUUGGACUUGGUAUCUCCUAUGAUGAUGUAGAAAUCUACUUGAACUCUGUCGAAAUCAAUUGUAAUGCAUUCAACGAGUUCAUCGAAUGUAUGAUUCCAGCCGGAAUCGGAAGAAACAUUAUCUUAACUGCAACACUCUCUGACGAACCAAUUGACUUGGCUGACAACUACACUAUCUCCUACAAUGCUCCCAAGAUUCUCAGCGUCCAUCAUUCCGAUGCGCAAACUCUGGAAAUCAAUGGAUCGGAUUUCGUUCCAGUUGAGCUUGGAGUGGCAGUCAACCCUACAACCUCGAACAUUAAAUUACUAUAUAACGAUCGGACAGAAAUAUGUACCACAUUCAAAUCAAGUGAAAUUGCUGAGUGCCCAUACUCAGACGACAUGCCAACAGCAGUUCAAGUGAUGGUAGGAGGACAACUCUCGAACACCUAUGGUUUUUAA